AUGCCACAGCUGGAAACUAUUCCCAAUGCCUACCGGGUAGUGACCCCAGACAAAGUGAAGAAUCCAACGUCACUUCAUCUUCAAUCAGACAAUGAUGGUAUGGCCAUAGACUUUACUUUCGAGGCUGUCCGCCCAGAUAUCUUCCGCACCACGUUUACGUCGUCGACACAUCCCCUUCCGCCAUAUCCAAGCAUCACAUUACCAGAAAUCAAACUCGCUGAUGCCAAAGUUACUGCCGUUCCCAUAUCAAGCCAUUCUGCAGGAUUUGUGAUCAACAACAUUCAAGCUACCUUGACAUGGACACACGCCCCUGUCGUCUCGGUCCGAUGGGUAGACUCCCAAACGCCGCUCCAUGAGGAUCUGGCCUUCCGGUCCUAUGCAUUCGAUGGUCCUGGUAUCGCCCACUAUACUGCACACGAUCGCACGGCCAUGCAUGUUGGAUUGGGCGAAAAGUCCAGCCCAAUGGAUCUUACAGCUCGAUACUUUCAAAUCUCCGCAACAGACAGCUUUGGUUACGAUGCAUACCACACGGAUCCACUAUACAAACACAUGCCACUUCUCAUCAAAGCAACUUCCCACGGAUGUGUCGCGCUAGUAUCGACCUCUCACUCACGAGGCUCCUGGAGUGUAGGGUCCGAAAUCGACGGUUUGUGGGGCCACUUCAAGGUCUAUCGGCAAGACUAUGGCGGCCUCGAACAAUACAUUCUGGUUGGCAGGACGCUCAAGGACGUCGUGCGGUCCUAUGCCGAAUUAAUCGGGUACCCACUGCUUGCACCACGGUGGGCGUAUGGCUAUCUCUCCGGUGGAUACAAAUACACCAUGGGUGAUGAACCUCCGGCACACGAGCAACUGCUGGACUUUGCAAAGAAACUGGAAGAGCACGAUAUCCCUUGUUCCGCACAUCAGAUGAGCAGCGGAUACUCCAUCGCCGAGACAGAACCUAAAGUACGUAACGUAUUCACAUGGAACCGACAUCGUUUUCCUGAUCCGGAAGCCUGGAUCAAAAAGUAUCACGGUUUGGGGAUCAGGCUACUGACCAACAUUAAACCGUUCAUCUUGACAAGCCAUCCCGACUAUGGAUUGCUCUCUGAGAACAAAGGUCUGUUCACAGAUCACAGAACGAAAUCAACAGCUGAAAUGCGCCUGUGGAGUGCAGGAGGUGGUGAAAGCGGGCUCGGCAGCCAUGUCGACUUUACGUCUUCGGUGGCGUACGAGUGGUGGGCCCGUGGCGUACAGAAACUGAAAGAGCAAGGUAUAGACGCCAUGUGGAACGAUAACAACGAAUAUACUCUACCUCACGACGAUUGGCAACUGGCCCUCGAGAAGAACAUUCUUCCGUCGUCAACGGCUGGAGUGGAUAACAAAGUCGGUCUGUACGGGCGCGCUUUGCACACUGAACUCAUGGCGAAAGCAUCUUACGAAGGACUGUUACGUGCUGAGCCGGCCAUUCGCCCUUUCGUUCUGACUCGAAGUGCCAGCAUAGGCACUCUGAGAUACGCUGCUAGUUCAUGGAGUGGCGACAACAUGACGAGCUGGGAGAGCAUGCGCGCCGCAAACGCAAUAUCUCUGAAUGCCGGGGUGAGUCUGAUGCACUGCUACGGGCACGACAUCGGGGGAUUUGAAGGUCCGCAGCCUUCACCCGAGCUUCUCCUUCGCUGGGUUCAACUUGGAUGUCACCAGAUUCGCUUUGCAAUCAAUUGUUUCAAAACUUCGCCCCAGGACAAUCAGGCAGGUGAGGUCAUCGAACCCUGGAUGUAUCCCGAAAUCACACCUCAAAUUCGCCAGGCAAUCAAGAGACGAUAUGAGAUCAUGCCGUACAUCUACUCGCUCGGACUGGAGAGCCACUUGACUGCCAGCCCCCCGCAGAGAUGGAUCGGCUGGGGAUACGAGGCAGACCCGGAAGUCUGGACCAAAAAGCUCAAAGCCGGGGAAGAACAGUAUUGGUUCGGUGACACGUUACUGGUCGGUGGUGUAUAUGAGCCAGGAGUUGACAAGGCAAGAGUAUACCUGCCCCGUAAAGCGAGCGACUUCGACCACGGGUUUGUCAAUCUUAACGCCCCUUACGAGUACUUUGCUUCGGGUCAGUGGGUGAACAUAUCUUCACCGUGGAAGGAAAGUAUACCUCUCCUUGCAAAGGUCGGAGGUGCGAUCCCGGUUGGCAAAAGUGUACAGACCCGUAUUCCUGGCGACAAGAGUCCAGAGUCGAAGGCACUACCUGAGGACGACUAUCGCGGCAUUGAGAUUUUUCCGCCCAAGAAGAAUUCACACGGAAGAGUCUUCUCGACGACGUGGUACGAAGAUGACGGUCUAUCGUUGAAACCGAACAUCUCGGCGUUCACGAUAGCAUACAGCUCGACGGAGGAGAAGGUAGUUGUGGAUGUUUUCGCAGGUGCUGACAACGUCUUUAUUGCGCCUUGGAGAGACGUCGUGGUUAUAUUGCCUCGUGGAGAUCAGAGGUAUGUCGAAUCCGCCAAUGGGACUGCGACGAGUCGCCUUCCUGAGCAGGAGUGUGGAAGAAUUCGAUACAGGGUAACAGUAAGGGGGGUGGCAGAUGGAAGCAUGUCCAACGGAUACCACUGA